CAAGGCACUAGGACCUAGAAGGCAACUAUCCACCCUGGCAGGAAUUUCUUGCUUGGAGCUCAGACAACAAAGGCAUAGAGAGAUUGGUUUUCUUUCUCUCAGCAUCUCCACCCAACCAGCAGAAAACCGGUUGCUGUGGUUCCACCGAAAUAUGGAACUUGAUUUUGGACACUUUGACGAAAGAGAUAAGGCAUCCAGAAAUAUGAGGGGGUCGCGGAUGAAUGGGCUGCCAAGUCCCACUCACAGUGCCCACUGUAGCUUCUACAGAACAAGAACCUUGCAGGCAUUAAGUAAUGAGAAGAAAGCCAAGAAGGUACGUUUCUACCGCAAUGGGGACCGCUACUUCAAGGGAAUUGUAUACGCUGUCUCUUCUGACCGUUUCCGUAGUUUCGAUGCUUUGCUGGCUGACCUGACUCGAUCCUUGUCUGAUAACAUCAACCUGCCUCAAGGAGUGCGCUAUAUUUACACCAUUGAUGGGUCCAGGAAGAUUGGAAGCAUGGAUGAGCUAGAAGAAGGGGAAAGUUACGUUUGUUCUUCAGACAACUUCUUUAAAAAGGUUGAAUAUACCAAGAAUGUCAACCCAAAUUGGUCUGUCAAUGUAAAGACAUCUGCCAAUAUGAAAGCCCCCCAGUCCCUGGCUAGCAGCAACAGUGCCCAGGCAAGAGAGAAUAAAGACUUUGUGCGUCCCAAGUUAGUGACCAUCAUCCGCAGCGGUGUGAAGCCUCGGAAGGCUGUGCGUGUUCUUCUUAACAAGAAGACAGCACACUCCUUUGAACAGGUCCUCACUGAUAUUACUGAAGCAAUCAAACUGGAAACUGGAGUCGUCAAAAAACUCUACACUCUUGAUGGAAAACAAGUUACCUGUCUCCAUGAUUUCUUUGGCGAUGAUGAUGUGUUUAUUGCCUGCGGCCCUGAAAAAUUUCGCUAUGCGCAGGAUGAUUUUUCCUUAGAUGAAAAUGAGUGCAGAGUUAUGAAAGGAAAUCCAUCGGCCACAGCUGGUCCCAAAGCAUCUCCAACUCCCCAGAAGAGCUCAGCCAAGAGCCCUGGGCCUAUGCGUCGCAGCAAGUCUCCAGCUGACUCAGGUAACGACCAAGACGCAAAUGGAACCUCCAGCAGCCAGCUUUCCACACCGAAGUCUAAGCAAUCUCCUAUCUCUACACCCACCAGUCCUGGAAGUCUUCGGAAGCACAAGGACUUAUACCUGCCACUAUCCUUGGAUGAUUCAGAUUCACUUGGCGAUUCCAUGUAAAGGAUAAGAAUCAAAAUCCAACCCUACCAUUACAGUAGAGUUCUUUCGCUCAAGUGACCAACAACGUUAUGGUGCUUAAAAUUUUUUGUUGUUGCUGUUGUUGUUAUUUUUCAAAACACUCUGUAGUACAUAGGGUUUAUUUUCCUGUGACUUCUCCUCUGGGCCACUAAUUCACAAUUACCACUUAUGAAAGAUAGAUUGAUCACCAUCCUUUGGGGUGACUUUCCAGGGAUGCAAAAUGUGCUAGUCCAUGACCAUUCUACUGAAUGCUUAGGGGCUGUUGUUAUUUUCCCCACUCAAUUCAUUCGUACAUGACUCUUCCUUCUGUGGAAGGCUGUUUACAAACGUUAUCACUUAACAUUUUGUGGGGGGGAAAACAGUCAUUGGCAGAUCUAAAAGUGAUAAACAUAAGUACCGCUUUUCUCUAAUCUUUGGAGUGUUAAGGGGUCCCAGGAGAGUGUCAAGACAGCUCCUUGGCCUCACUCUUUGCUCAUAAUUAAGUCCUCAGUGUGUUGUCUAGCACUAAUUCUGGCUGUCAAGAGGGAGAAACACCAACAACUUAUAAUUGUGAUGCCACAUGCAUAGAGCCAUGGUAUAAGGCUAGCUGAAAGAGAUGAGGCAGAAUUGGGAAAUACUGCAGACAUUUCAGUAGAAUUUAUAAAGCACAGUGAAUUCCUAGUCAACCCCUAUACUGGGGCAGUUUUGAAUCAAUAAAUAAUUGAUGAGUUUGGGGUAAGUGAUGUCACAUAUGUGAUUCUUCCAGGAGGCUGUCCAACAUACCAAGUUAUUACAUGAACUCUAUUGUAUCCAUCUAUCUCUGUUCUACUGAAUGCCUUGUAAACAACCAACACUGAAAACACUGUGAGAAUUUGUUUUCAGGUCUGACAGCUUUUGGUCGCUUUUUAUAGCAAGAAACCAUAUCCUUUUUAUAAAAACUCAUGCCUGUAUUUCAGGAGCAAACUCUUCAGGCUCCUUUUUUAUAAACUGGUGAUUUUUCUUUUGUCUAAAAAACACAUGCAGAAAAUUUACCAAAAAAAAGCAGAAUAAUGUAGUUUAGAAAUCAUGCUAUCACUGCCAAACUGAACCUCCAGGAGAAAAUACAAUGACUAGCACAGGCCAAUUCAAUAGAAUCAGUCUUUUGAUACGUUUUUCACAGUUACGCUUACAGUAAUAAUUUCAAUGUGGACCAGACAUUCUAAUUAUAUUUUGAAUGAAAUGUUAUGGCAUAUUUUAAGUAACUCUUUUUUAUCUAUAAUCUUAAUAUUUCAUACUGAAGACGUAGAAACCUUUCACUUGUCUUUAACAUUAGAAAGGAUUUCUCUUUAUUAAGGACUGAUCAUUUGAAAUAAUUCUCAGUCUUUGAGGUACAGGUUUAUAACUCUCCUUUUUGUCAGUAAUCACAUCCCAUAAUAGCAAAGACAACGAAAUUUAGGUGAAAGCCAUGCAUGCUAAUUCUGUGUUUGCUUUUAGCAGAUAUGAAGAUUUCCUUUAUUUCUUUGUUAUGGUUCAGAUAUUUUGAAAGGUACAGCAUUCAAAGCCAGGCUAUUGCUGUUGUUUGGCUACUGAAUGGCAUGCAGCUGUCCCUCUAUUCGAAGUAGGAUGAUUUUGGUUGUGUGUGUGUGUGUGUGUGUGUGUGUGUGUGUGUGUAUCUAUGGCUGCUUCAUAAUCAGGAAAUAGUAUAGAAC